AUGAUACUGAUCCCUCGGUUCCGCUCCCGGUUUGUGGCUCGCGUGGAGGUGCCCACCCAUGGGGUGCGCACCGACGAUCGCGCCGCGCCCGUGCCCGCCCACACGUCGGCUGCACACACCGAGGCCCUUAGCAGCAAGAUUAAAGAACAAAAAGUCCUUGUGGAUGAACUUUCUAACCUGAAGAAGAAUCGGAAAGUAUACAAGCAGCAACAGAACAGCAAUGUAUUCUUCCUUGCAGAUCGAACAAAAAUGUUUUCCGAAAGCAAAAAUACAUUAGAUGAACUAAGAAAAGAAUACCAAGCAUUAGAAAACUCAGAGACAACCAAAGUCAAGAAGUAG